AUGGUCUUGGUGGACCUGGUCGGAAGCGUCUCCGCCGUCGGCGACACGGAUGCAAUGGUGGCGGGCGACUCGGGCAGCAAGCACAACGGCGGCCGCAACGCCGUGUGUGCCGUCAACAGCAUGGUCUCGGAGGCUUCCGCGGCGACCGUGGCCGUGUUGGACGGCGUCACCGCUGGCAUGGUCACGAACGCGACGGUGGGAUUCGGCGCGGUUGAUGAGGCUAAUAGGGGUGCCUUCGUGUUGGCUGGACAGCGCCACGAGAGCGUUUAUAGUAGCGGCAUCGAGAGCCGGGCUGAGUUGCCUUGCUGGCGGUAG